GUUUUCCGUGAUUGUGCCUGCACGGGGAGACCACCAUUGCUAGAGCACUAUCGCCGUCUGUGGCGAGGACUCUGGACGUGGAGGCUGCUAGAUCCUCGCUCAGUAGCUGUGAGGGAGGCGGAAACCUUAGGGGCCUGUAGCAGGGGGCUGUGGCAUGGGCCGCCUUGGGACACGGGCUUCACAAUGGGCCCUAUGAAGAUCCGCCGGGGGGGCCCCGCUGCUACCGGUUGCCCCUGUCCACAGACCACAGCCUGGGCUCCCCAGCUCACCCACUACGAGGUGGAUGGCGCAGCUGGUGGAGACCUCUCACUUGCGGGGGUGUGGGUCAGCGGCCUCUGCCUGUACACCGCCACUCGGGCUCUACCAAGGUCUCAGAGCAAGCCCCUAGGACCCUAAGCUGAGCCCAGCCCCAUACCCCUGCAGCCCGCCUUGCGCCAUGGACUGGCAGCCAGAUGAACAGGGCCUGCAGCAGGUCCUACAGCUGCUCAAAGACUCCCAGUCGCCCAAUACAGCCACGCAGCGCAUCGUUCAGGAUAAACUCAAACAACUGAACCAGUUUCCUGACUUCAACAACUACCUGAUCUUCGUCCUGACCAGACUCAAAUCUGAAGAUGAACCAACUCGCUCUCUCAGUGGCCUCAUCCUCAAGAACAAUGUGAAGGCACAUUAUCAGAGCUUCCCACCACCCGUGGCUGACUUCAUCAAGCAGGAGUGUCUCAAUAACAUCGGUGAUGCCUCCUCGCUCAUCCGAGCUACCAUUGGCAUUCUCAUCACCACCAUCGCUUCCAAGGGUGAGCUGCAGAUGUGGCCCGAGCUGCUGCCUCAGCUGUGCAACCUGCUCAACUCGGAGGAUUAUAACACUUGCGAGGGAGCCUUUGGAGCCCUGCAGAAGAUCUGUGAAGACUCCUCGGAGCUCCUAGACAGUGAUGCCCUCAACAGGCCCCUCAACAUCAUGAUCCCCAAGUUCCUGCAGUUCUUUAAGCACUGCAGCCCCAAAAUACGGUCCCAUGCCAUCGCCUGUGUGAAUCAGUUCAUCAUGGACCGGGCCCAGGCUCUGAUGGAUAACAUUGACACCUUCAUCGAGCACCUGUUCGCUCUAGCUGUGGAUGACGACCCUGAGGUGCGGAAGAAUGUGUGCCGAGCUCUGGUGAUGCUGUUGGAAGUGCGGAUUGACAGGCUCAUCCCACACAUGCACAGCAUUAUCCAGUACAUGCUGCAGAGGACCCAGGACCAUGAUGAGAACGUGGCCCUUGAGGCCUGCGAGUUCUGGCUGACGCUGGCCGAGCAGCCCAUCUGCAAGGAAGUCCUGGCCUCCCAUCUGGUCCAGUUGAUUCCCAUCCUUGUAAACGGGAUGAAGUACUCAGAAAUUGACAUCAUCCUGCUCAAGGGGGAUGUGGAAGAAGAUGAGGCAGUCCCUGAUAGCGAGCAGGACAUCAAGCCACGUUUCCACAAGUCACGCACAGUAACGCUGCCCCAUGAAGCUGAGCGACCAGAUGGCUCUGAGGAUGCGGAAGAUGAUGACGAUGAUGAUGCUUUGUCUGACUGGAAUCUGAGGAAGUGCUCGGCGGCUGCACUAGAUGUCCUUGCCAAUGUUUUCCGGGAGGAACUACUGCCCCACCUACUCCCCCUGCUCAAGGGCCUCCUCUUCCAUCCCGAGUGGGUGGUCAAAGAGUCGGGCAUCUUGGUGUUGGGCGCCAUUGCUGAGGGAUGCAUGCAGGGCAUGGUGCCCUACCUGCCUGAGCUGAUCCCACACCUGAUCCAGUGCCUGUCAGACAAGAAGGCCCUGGUCCGCUCCAUUGCCUGCUGGACGCUGAGUCGCUAUGCCCACUGGGUGGUCAGCCAGCCACCUGACAUGCACCUUAAGCCCCUGAUGACAGAGCUGCUCAAACGCAUCUUGGAUGGCAACAAGAGGGUACAAGAGGCUGCCUGCAGUGCCUUUGCCACCCUGGAGGAGGAGGCCUGCACAGAGCUGGUGCCCUACCUCAGCUAUAUCCUGGACACCCUCGUCUUUGCCUUUGGCAAAUACCAGCACAAGAACUUACUCAUCCUCUACGAUGCCAUCGGUACCCUGGCUGACUCUGUAGGCCACCAUCUCAACCAGCCGGAAUACAUCCAGAAGCUGAUGCCCCCACUGAUCCAGAAGUGGAAUGAGCUCAAAGAUGAAGACAAGGACCUCUUCCCACUGCUAGAGUGCCUGUCCUCGGUGGCUACUGCCCUGCAGAGCGGCUUCCUGCCCUACUGUGAGCCCGUCUACCAGCGUUGUGUCACCCUCGUGCAGAAGACGCUGGCCCAGGCCAUGAUGUACAAUCAGCACCCUGAGCAGUAUGAGGCCCCAGACAAGGACUUCAUGAUUGUGGCACUGGAUCUGCUCAGUGGCCUGGCUGAGGGACUGGGAGGCCACGUGGAGCAGCUGGUGGCCCGAAGCAACAUUAUGACACUGCUCUUCCAGUGCAUGCAGGACUCCAUGCCUGAGGUCCGGCAGAGCUCCUUCGCCCUCCUGGGGGACCUCACCAAAGCCUGCUUCAUCCAUGUCAAGCCUUGCAUUGCUGAGUUCAUGCCCAUCCUGGGCACCAACCUGAAUCCUGAGUUCAUCUCAGUCUGCAACAACGCCACCUGGGCCAUCGGUGAGAUCUGCAUGCAGAUGGGGGCAGAGAUGCAGCCCUACGUGCAGAUGGUCCUCAACAAUCUGGUGGAGAUCAUUAACCGGCCCAACACACCCAAGACGUUGCUGGAAAACACAGCCAUCACCAUUGGCCGCCUGGGCUACGUGUGCCCCCAGGAGGUGGCACCCAUGCUGCAGCAAUUCAUCCGGCCGUGGUGCACGUCCCUCAGGAACAUCAGGGACAAUGAGGAGAAGGACUCUGCUUUCCGCGGCAUCUGCAUGAUGAUAGGCGUCAAUCCUGGGGGUGUUGUGCAGGACUUUAUUUUCUUCUGCGAUGCUGUAGCCUCUUGGGUGAGCCCAAAGGAUGACCUUCGGGACAUGUUUUAUAAGAUUCUCCACGGCUUCAAAGACCAAGUUGGGGAGGAGAACUGGCAGCAGUUUUCCGAGCAGUUCCCCCCGCUGCUCAAGGAACGGCUGGCUGCUUUCUAUGGGGUCUAGACGGGAUCGGGACUGCCAGGU